UUCAUGUUGCUAAAUUAAUCCUUUUUCCUUAUAUUAAAAGAUAGGAAAGUACUAAUUCUAUUAUGUUAACGCAAUAGUACAAGUUGAUAAAUUAAUGGGCGAUUAAUUCUACCGAAUUACUUUAAGCAAGAUUUCUAACAACUAUUAUACAAAUUAUAAUUUUCAGUCUUUUUUUAAUAUAUUAAACAAUGAGAAAUUAAUAAUGCUGUCUAGCAGAAUAGUACAUAAAUAUUAUUUUAUAUUGAAUAAAAAUUUAUUAAUUUCAUUUACAUUAAAGAAAUAACAAGUAUUAUUUUUAUAAAUGAAUCGGUGAUUAAGUAAUUCAAUUAGCAAAAUUUUAUUUAAAACAAAAUUAUGUUAUCCUUUUUCUAAUAUAAUUAGUCUUUUCCCUAAUUAUUUCCUUUUUCUUAUCUAAUUUUUUUUCUAUGUCAAGCAACAAAAGAAUAAAAGAAUCUCACCUAUGUUAACAAAGUAAUGCAGGAAUUGCGUGAUCAAUUUAUUAUGAAUUAAAUUAAUCGGAGUUUAAUUGAUGUAGCCCUAAAAUCACGAAUCGUUCCCUUCCCGCUCUCCCUUUCUCCGCAGUACAACGAUAACGAGUACUGGAUAUUUGUUCGGAGAUUCUAUCCAGUGAUUAAAUCGAAUUUCCGUACUUCCGCGAGUAAUAAUACGUCGUGUAAUCGCCGUCGUACCGCACGAAAUUCGAUUGAACGAAUUCACAACACUGCGCGCGCGGAGCAUGCGCCCGUUAAAGUCUCUUGAGAAAACAUGGCCGUCGAUUGUCACGCGGAUGUUCUUUACAAGGUGGCGAACGGUACACGUGGCGCCAUCUAACGUUGACGGUCGUAACGUUUCAUCGGAGCGCUUAGAUCUGUCGGUAAAACAGGUCGUUAUUAUCGACUGCAAUAAUGUGCGCUGUACUUAAUUUUGUAAGCGGCCACUGUCCAUCAGCGCCCAUUCUAUCGUGUCAACUUUCUAUUUACAUCGUUAAAUUUGGCGGUUAAAUUUUCAAAGACCGUAUGACGGAUAACCUAUGACGAGAUCUGACAAAUUAUUUUCGACCGAAGAGAGAGAACAGAUUUAUUUAUGAUGCUGGGUACUGCCGGAAUUACCGCUGUACACGUUAGAAAACUCGGUCACUCUAUCGAUGAGAUACGACUGCGAGCAUUAGAUAAUAUCAUUUCCAAGUACGAUUUAGGUUUCGUAUGCGACUGUGACGCCGUCAAAAAAGAGAUAAUUCAAAAGUUGUUCAAUUGGUUUUCGUUCGUCACUGUACCACAGCCAGAGAAAGUACUGAAUUUGUUAUUGCGAUUGUUAAAGGCAGAUGCAAAGAGUUACUUGAAUGCAUUUGGCAAGUUAAAGUUCCAAAAUGAGCUUUAUGAAUUGAGGAGAAAGCUUACUUCAGAAUGGUAUGCAAAAUUAAAUGAAAUUGAACAAGCUGUUUUGCAUAUAGAAAGAAAUCGAGAUGUUGCUACAGUAUAUUCAGACUUUGAUAGAAUACAAACACAAGAUGUUAAAUAUAAAAGUAAGGACUAUGAAAGAGAAGGUUAUGAUGACUUGAAUGGUAUUAAUAAUCCAUCUGUUUUGGACAAUACUGUACCAUUUGAUGUAACACUAGAGCACGAGAAUGGCACACAAGUUUCUAAAACGAUAGAAGGUGGUAUUAAAUGGCUAGUAAUGCCAUGGCAACCGCUGGUUACGUCAGACAGAGGAGUUCUCACAGCAGUUGAAGAAGCUUUGAAUAAUACUGUUGAUAUUAAUCAUAUAUUGCAUACGUGUCAGUUUAUAACAAAUGUUAUGAUGCAAGAUUUUCCAGCAGAGGUCUUCCUUCAGCGACCAACAAUAGUUACGAUACUCCACAGUCUUCUUAAAUCGAGCACUAGCACAUCUGAAACUAAUAUCACAUGUAUAGUUCCAACUGUGCUAAAAACCUUGCGUAAACUAACUCGUUCUCUAAGAUUUCGAAUUUAUUAUUACUGUGAACCAUGUGUGGCGAAUAAAAAACAAAAGUUGUUAGGUUGUAAAUUAGACAGCAACGUUUACACAUCCUCGGAAGGAGGAGACGGUCCUGAUGGUGGUAUACCUGAAGCAAACUAUCAAGUAUAUCAAUCGACAGGGACAAGUGACAGAAGUCAGAGCAUCAGCGAAAACAUCGACGAUUCUGUCUUGCAAUUGCAGCAGAUGUUUCUGCCAAUUUACUGCAUAGAAUCUUUAAAAUACGUUCUCACUCAGUUAAGCAUUCCCAUCGAUUCUUUAUUUCCUCUACGAAACAUCAAGUAUGUCACAGAUCUAACACAUGAAUUAGUACAACUGUUAACAAUUUGCGUUAUGCCGAAUAUUUGGCUCUGCAACGACGAUACGGCGUUGAGGAUAAAUAAUGACUUGAAAGGGUUAUUCAAUUUAAUGGGGGAGGUGAUGGAGUAUUUUGGAAGCUGUAGUAACAUAGAUUAUUUGAGAAUAACAUACUUGUAUCUUACUACCAUUAUUAUGAGGCUGUUGAGCAGUAUCGUGCCAUUAGAGUUGGCGGACGCUGUUAUACCAAACACUUUAAAGACAUCGAUAACAAGUGCCAUAAUGGAUGCACCAAUAUAUCUAUUAUAUCCUGCACUGCAUUCCAUACUUUUGGAGUAUGCUCGGCAAUUUCAAAGUACUAAUCAGACAGCAUUGACAAAACUGUUCGAUGAAACUAGAACUGUCGCAAAAUCCAUGCAGUCAGCUAUCCGUGUAUUAAAAACUUCAUCAGACCAAUCGCCUUCGGAAACGUUGAGAAUGUUACAUGUGUCCAAAUUGAGUCUGUCGUAUCAUAAAAAUUUAACUGUCGUUAAAAUGACUGUAAAAUUUUUACAAGAUAUCCCAAGAUAUUCUUUGAACGAUGAAGAUCGUGCACUAGCAACGAAAUUGAUAUUGAAUUUAUUAGCAAAUGCGGACGUAGAUAUUCGAUAUACUACAUAUGUUGAAUGCCACGCUCUGAUUAAGAGUAUUCUGGGAGUGGAAUAUAAUAAAUUGUCAUGGGAAAAUUUGACGUUCCUGCUUGACCCAAAUGUCUUGACAGAAAUUAUUUCUCAUGGCGCAACCAGCGAAGAUAGUAGGAUAAAUGAGAUGUCAAAAGACAUAUUGGUAUUUAUGCUAAAAGGAAAAAUACAGAUGGGUGAAACUGGAUGGUUAAAAGCUUUAGAAGCUCUCAUUCCAGUAUUGUAUCUUUUACAGUGUCAUGCCGACACCCGUACAUCCUUAGGACAAUGCGUAACUAAGAUGUUUGAUCCCGAUAUUUCUAACAAUAUACAGUUGCCUUUUCUUGAGGUAUUAAAAGGCAAUUUGAGAUUUCUUUAUUCAUCAGAUAAUGAUAUUCGGGAAGAAGCUUUAUGUCGGUUAAUCUGGCUCCUUGGGAAAGAGAAAGAUUCUGUCCAGAAAUUACCGCGUUUAUCGUCUUUACAUGGCUUGCCUCUUAGUUCACUUUGCAUAUUUGAACGUAAAAACUUUGUUAAACGAUCAGAGGGCAAUUAUCAGAGGAGCAAUUUGUUAUCCGUAUUGGAAAUGUUGAACGAACCAAACGUCGAUCCAAAAAUUCGAAAAUCUGCAUUAGUACAAAUUAGCGUAAUGCUUUCUGACACUUCUUUACAUAAAUUGUUCAUUAAUCAAAAUGGACUGCCUUUAAUUUUGGAUAUUUUCAAUAAAGCUCUGGUGGAGAAAGAUUAUGUAAAUUAUCCAGAUUCUGUGAUACCAAUAAUCAGUAUAUUAAAACUACUUGCAUUUUUUGAAUGUACCAUACGACACGAGUUGUCUCUCAACAUUGAUGUUUUUUUUAAUAUCAUAAGAAGCCUUUUUUUGUUUCCAAAUAACGAGUGCGUGAAAUCCGAUGGCGCACAAUUAUUAUGCUUGCUACUUUAUAGCGAAUAUAUCAUACGAGUUAACGAAAAAGAUAUGGAAAACAAUAUUGCAUCACAUAUCUCGUUACCUUAUAUCGUUGCAACAAAUAUGAAACUUCCGUUCAUAUGUAGAUCUCAUUGGAAGACGAGUAUACAUAGACGAUCUGAUGUAUCAUUACUUCAUGGUAGCAAUCCGGUAGUCUUAACUUUUAUUAGACAAUAUUGGGCCUGGGAAUGGAACGGCGGCGUAAACAUGUUAUGGAAAUGCUUAGAUAACUUAAAGAAUUCUGAAAUUUCACAGAAAUUGUUGAUUGUUGAAAAAGAUCUUCUCUUUUUACAAUACAGUUUUCCUCAGUAUUGCUGUCAACAGCAACUCUACAAUAUUCAAAAUUCUACUACGCACUAUAGUGUUACAUGCGCGCUAGAUUAUCUCACAAUGUAUCUAAAAUUUUACAAAGUACUUCAACGUAACGAAGAGAAAAAUAUCGAGUCGCUGCCUUGGGAACAAACGUUCGAACGAUUUUUAUUAUCGCAUCCCACGAGUAAAGAGGACUGCGACUUAUUCGUGAACGUUUUAAUUUUUCUGCAAUUAUAUUUAAAUGUUGCACAAAAAGAAAAAAGUUCAUGGAUCAGUAGGAUCAUGAAAAAUAUGACAAGAUCAUUAGCAGAUUUAUUUAAAAACUUGGAAGUUGACAAUCAAAACGUACAUCAAUCUAUACUCAAAUUAGUACGUACAUGCUCAGCGAUCGAAAAAAUACAGAAAUCGAACGACGAACCUAAGAACACUUGGAUCCGAUUUGUAGAAUUUGUUGUUUCAACAUUGUGUUUUGGAGAUCAACAGCAUUUCUACAAUCUCGCAUAUCUUGAUUGGUUGUUAACGUGUUUGACAUAUCUGAUCGGGCAAUGUGAAUGGGGGAAUCACAAGAAUUUAUUAUUAUCUCUUUGCAAUACUCUUAUCGAGCCAAUCGUAUCCUUUCAUGGUGCAGGUACUGUCAGUUUUAUGGGUUUAUCGAUAACAAGGAACUCGAUAAUAUGUCUUAAUCACUUAUUGCAUCAGAUGCAAAUCAAUUUUAAUAAAAAUUCAUGGAUCGUAUUUUGGUGCGAAGAAGAUCGCUCGUUAAAUUGGCUGCCUAUGUUAUGGCAAAAUAGAGAUCCACUGGUUCGCGCAUCGGCUUUGCAAUUGUUAGCAGGUCUGAUGAAUACGGUACAUACUGCAUCGCAACUUUUUAACGCAAUCGCCAUGGCACCGGGUGACCUGUGUCACACUUUGCUUCAGUGCAUCACGAACAGAAACGAAUCUUGUUUAGUGAGAGAACAAGCGUGCAUUGCAUUUUGCAACAUUCUGAAAAACUGCAACUCUAUGACUUUUCAAUGUGAUGAUUCUUUACAACCGCAAACUAUUUUGAUGCACGUCGAACAACACAGCAUCUAUCAUGAAAUCAGCGUUCUGUGUUCUAAUAUUUACACGUUAACCACUUUAGACGCGGAACAGUCAGAAUGCCAAGGAAAUGACUGCAAAGCAACAAUUGUGCAAAGUUUGCAGUCUAGUUACAUUUCAUUGGUACCGCGCACCGUAUCGCACUUAUACAAUUGUCAAGAUGAAUUACAACUACUUUCCGGUCGAGUUUCAGAAAUAACGGAUAUGGAAAAUCCUAUAGAAUCAAUAGCGACGCCUUCGCUUAUUACAGCUGCUUGUAACUUAUUGAACAAUUUGAUAUUUAUUGGACAACACGAGAUAAUACGGCAAGUCUACGAAUAUUCCAUCGAUAAAUGUUUAUUUGGAUGUUUAACUAAGAUUCCAAAGGAUGUCAGAUGCAGGAAAAGCUUCAGUCAUUAUUCUGACACAUUGGAGAUGUACAUUAGCAUCUGCACAGUUUUAACAAAUUGCAUCACACAUAGUAACGAGUAUGCGGCCGUCGUACUUUUUUCCUCAGACUCUCUCUAUACUUUAUUUUGCUUUUUAAAUAUCGAUUUAUAUCAAUCUACUGAACCGCGUCUGACAUAUUUACGCAACAGACUCUGGAUGGAGAUUUACAAUUUUGUGGCUGUACUUUCGUUAACGGAGGAUCAACACUUUGAUGCCAUUCAAAACGCAUUAGAAUUAUGCGGUGCUGAAACAAUCUUGGCUUCCAUUUGUUUCGCAAUAAAGGACUCCACGACAGAUUUACGAAUGAGUGCCAUAAGUUUCUUAGCUUUUUUAUUGUUCCAUGAGAUUCAGAAAGAUUCUCUGGGAAGAAGCGACAUUUCUUUAUUACAAACCGUGCUCGAUACUAAUGCGGCAUGCAUCUCAAUUGAAAGCAAGGAUAAUAGUUUGCGAGAUGUUAUAUCAAAUGUCAACAAAUUGUCAAUAAGAGAUGCGAACGUGCAUUCUAGAACAUCGAACGAAAGCGAGAAAGAUUUGAGUACGAAAGAUGACAAGUUGCUGGAUCAAAGACAAACUACUAUAGGAAAUGAAUUAUGCGGAUUAUUACUACAUCUUUUCAUCGCUCAUAGUUACGCGAAGUCCAAAAGGAACAACAAACAAUUGGAGGACAAAGAUCUCAUUGUAGGUGCCCUCACUAAUUUACUGUGUGUGUCAAAAAAGGCAAAACAAACGGCACUACGAGAUAAUCUUCCUGAGACCGCGUUGAUGAUCCUAAAAGAAUUGUAUGUUAAGUUGAAUCUUCAACCAUUCGAGCUUUACAAAAAGCAAGCAGAAAAGAAGAUUCAUCCUUUGUUGCACGAUGUGAAUUGUAUCUUCAUACUCCUGAUGAACUUUAUGUACGGAGACGUGCAUGUUAAGGAGAGCCUAACGAAGGAGGGCUUAGCAGACGUGGUACACAAGUUAUGGGCUUGGGUAGCGUUAAAUAAAACAGUGUCGACGUCUGCCUUAAAAUUAUUAGCGACGUUCACAACGAAAUGUAACGUUGCCGCACAAUCCUUAACAUUAACAACGAUAUUACCAGGAAGUGGACUAAGAAAAACGCCCAAUACGCUCGCAUUAAUACACGUUGUCACACAGAUAGCAUGCAAGGAAAUCGAAAGGGCUGGUCAAAUUUUUGAUAAUCACAAGAUGCACUUUGCCUUUCACAUCCUGCGCAACGCAGUGCAUGUUCACGAAUGUAGAGUAUGCAUUUCGAAGAGUAAUCUUCUUCAGCUUUUUACCAAGAUACAUCCCACUGUCACUAAAAGAGCGAAACCAUGGCCAUUGGUGGAAAUAUAUUGUUUAGAAUUUUUAAUAGACUUUACUUAUUACGAGGAAGGACAGCUAUGUGUGCCAAAGGCCACUGAUGCUCUGGAUGUUUUAAUGCACUUAGCAAAAUGUUCCUCGUCGUCAAGCAAAGUGCUAGCGAUAUCGAUAUUACGUAAUUUAGCGUUCAAUGUAGCAAACAGACCUCGGCUUCUGAGUUCAGUGGAUUUCAUAAAUCUGCUACACGACAUUUUUAAGAAUGAAUCGCCAUGUGAGAUCAAUCUAGCUGGAUCCAUGCUAUGGUCUCUAAUUAACAAUAAUCAAAAAGGAAAACUUAUUGCACGAAGCGCCGGGUUCUCUCAGAGCAUUCGGGAAGCCCUUAGCAGAUUUACGUUAUCGAGUAUUGAUGCCAAUAAGCAGGAGCAGGAACUAGUCAAAGUUCUGCAAUAUGUGCUCACUAUUCUCAGUCCAGUCGAAGUAAAGAACAGUGAUGCGCAACUUAGUUGAUAUCUUGAGGAAUGACCAAAUGUUGUACAUACUUAUUUUCAAUCAAUGUUAACUUGUAAAAUAAUUUAUGAUUGUAAUAUUUUUUAUAUAUGGAAUAUUGUACAGUUAUAUUGGAAUAUGCACUUUAGAAGUGUUACACAACUUAAUACAAAUUAUCAAUAUAAAUAUACACUCUUUUUAACAGAUGUUUGUUAUUAUAUAAUAGUAUUUAUAUUUUAUUUUUUACAAUUUUUCUUUUGUAAUGUGUUCCAUGAAUUUAGAUAGAAUUUAAAUAAUAUUAAGUUUAUCUAAAUGAUUAAAUUGUUUUAAAUUAACCUAUUCAUAAGAUAUAUUCAAAUAAAUUUAUGUAUAAAAAAAACUUUAUUGUAUGUCUAUUAUAAAUGAAGUCAUAUUAUAUUUUUUAAA